UAUAUGUUCUUUGGCAGAGCGCACAGUUGAGUAGUCGCUUUUGUACACUGCCUGAAAACCAAAAUUAUUGGCAGCAUUUGAGAAGUCAUAUUAAGUUACAUAUAUCAUAUUUGCGAAAAUUUGGACGUGAUAAUAAUCUUUGAGAACGCUAUUAAAUUAAGUUACAAAAUGUCGUACCCACCAAGACCACCAAUGCCGCCUUACAUGAAUCCGUCUAUUCCACCGCCUCACUUAAUGUCGCCUUUGGGGAAUUCAACAAUUCGUACUUUUCGCAACUCCGCAACAAUAAGUUCGCAGCCUACAGUGUACCAACGCCCGCCUGACACAGUGCCACAGUUCAGAGGCCCAAUUAUUACUGUGUUUGUUGGAAACAUUAGUGAACGAGUACCGGAGGUGCUAAUUAAAAGAAUUCUGUCUGCAUGCGGGGCUGUUGUUAACUGGAAGAGAGUAUCGACUUUUGGAUUCUGUGAAUAUGAUGGUCCUACCGCUGGAAUGCGAGCAGUUCGAUUAUUAAGUGAAUUGGAGCUUGAUGGAAAAAAACUUGUAGCUAAAGUGGACGCCAAAAACAAGCUCCUUUUGGAUAAUUUCAAAGAGGAGGAAUUAAAAAAUGGGUUAUCAGAAGUUAUAAAUGAAGGUGCUGAGGAUGAAAACGUUCUUAGUCAGAUUAGGGUAAUACUAAUGGAACAUAAGCAUGAAUUUGAUGAUUUCGAUUCCAAUGCUCGUAAUGAUGUAUUUGCCAAUCGAAGUAAUAAAUUAAAAACUAAUCGACAAGAUGAUGUUAAAAUGAGCAAAGUUCUACAUGAGACAAAUUUAGAGGAAGAAAAACGUAACUUGAUUAGCAGUGAAAUAGGGAAAUUUCGUAAAAGAGCUGAAGCUGAUGAACAUAGAAAAGAAAAGGAAAAAGAAAAGGAGCAGAAAAAAAAGGAAGAAAAAGAUAAGGAAAUUAUAAAGUCGAAGGGUAAUACGAGUGAUCAGGAUUGGGAUACAGAUGAAGACGUCAUACUUACAAGCAAUGGAAGGAAGGAGCGCGUAAUUGAAACGUCACCUGCACGUAAGGAAAGAUUCCGUGAUAUUAAGGAUAUUAGACGUAAAAGAACCCGAUCACGAUCUAAAGAUAGGGAGCGUGAAUAUAGAGAACGUGAAAGAGAGCGUGAAAGAGAACGAGAGCGGGAAAGAGAUCGAGAAAUGCGUGAAAAAGAACGAGAGAGGGAAAAAGAACGGGAAAGGGAAAGGGAUGACAAACAAGUGAAAAAUGUUCGCGACAUUCAGAAAGAGAAAGAAAUAGAGGAGGAAUUAAGAGAAAGAAAAAAGGCUGAAAAAAAAGCACGUGAAAAGGAAGAUGCCUAUCAGCAGAGAUUAGCCAAUUGGGAACUGAGAGAAAAGCGUAAAACUAAAGAAUACGAAAAAACAAAUAAUAAAGAAGUUUUAAAACGUGAGGAACGGGAAAAGGAAGCAAAGCGGCUAAAGGAGUUUUUAGAGGAUUACGACGAUGAAAGAGAUGACGUGAAGUAUUACAAGAAUCGAGAACUGCAACGUCGUUUAGCGGAACGAGUUCGAGAAGCUGAUAUAGAUGCAAAGGAUAGAAACAAAGAGCAAGAAGAACUUGAGGAACUGAAAAACAAAAUAUUUAAUGGUGAAUUUGAAAAUCCAUCUCUAGAGUAUGAAAGAGCUAAAAAAGAGCGUGAAAAUCUUUAUAAACCACAAAUUAUUAUUGAUGUAAAUUUGGAAAACAUAGCGCGCAAAGAAAAAGAACAAGCACAGUUAAAAGACCAACUUUAUUCAACAGUAAAGCGAGAUACAAAUAUUAAUAAAACAGCUCAAAGCAAAACAAAUUCAAGAUCAAUAGAGUCUUUCUUACAUAGUGAAACUAUAUUGCAAACAGAAUUGGUAUCAAAUCUUUGUCCCUACAGCAGGCAUGGGUCUGAAUCAUUAGACUAUGGAGCUGGUUCAAAGGAAGGUGACAAAUUAUCCUCUCAAUUGCCAAAUAUAUCAAACUUCCACAAUGAAACAAUUUCAACACCACCAAUGUCAGCAACAGUCAUAACUCUAAAUCUUGGCGCCAAUGCAAAAAAAAAGAAAAUCGACACAACAGGAGUCUUUAAUAAUGAUGAAGAUGUGGAUGAAUCAAACAAUUCCAAAAAACGAAGACUAGUACCAUUAGAUUACGAUGACAAAGGUGAAAAAACUGAUCCAUCGAGCCCACAAAAAUCGAGUUUAACUGGAAUGAAAGCAUCAUUAAAAAAACACUUGAAACAUGAAUCCGCCCCUGCAGAUACAAAUAAUGUAAAAAAAGAAGAGGUUUUGAAAGUGCAUGAUGAAAAGCGUCGGCAUAUUAAAAGUAUAAUCGAUAGAAUUCCUACACAAAAAGAUGAUCUUUUCAGUUACAAACUUGAUCGCAAUGAAAUUGAUAAUAAUUUAAUGGAACGUAAGAUUCGACCUUGGAUAAAUAAAAAAAUUAUUGAAUAUAUUGGAGAACCAGAGCCUACGUUAGUAGAUUUUAUAUGCUCUAAAGUUUUAGCUGGGAGUUCACCACAAAGCAUAUUAGAUGAUGUGCAAAUGGUUUUAGAUGACGAAGCUGAAGUAUUUGUUGUAAAAAUGUGGAGACUGCUUAUUUAUGAAGUAGAUGCAAAAAAAUUUGGAAUAUGUAAAUAAAAGCAAAAUACACUACAGACAAACUUACCACUUAAAAAAAUUCAAAUAAAACACAAAAUAAAAAUUUAUUAACAUACUGUAGUUAAUUAAUAUAAGAUUGUGGCUGUCCGGGCGUAGCAUUUUAGUAGAUGUACAGAUGUUUGUUGUGAAAAAGUAAGAAAUUGAAACUAAGCUUAGCUUACCUGUCCUUUAUUUAGUAUUUACAUAUUCCAAGAUCCCAGCGUGAGUAAAAAUACAUGCAGACCAUAAGAAUUAAAGUCAAAUAAAGCAGUAGAGUAACUUAUUAAAUUCUGAGCUGUUCCAGUAUCGAGACCAGCACUGCAUUGCAGCAAUGAUUAUAUAUUUUUGCUAUGUAUUAUUAUUAAUUGGUCAUAAAUUUGUGAGGUGCAA